AUGGGCAACACACUCUCGGCAUACGAACAGACCCCUCACGAGAUUGAUCUGGGCCCCAAAGGAACUAUUCAAGGCCUCCAAUUCGACAAAAAGUCUCGGCUAUAUGCAGGUAUUCCUUACGCGUUACCCCCAGUUGGUCCACACCGCUGGCGGAAACCUCGCCCACUCCCAGCCGAUUUUAGCUAUACCCAGUCCAAUGGGCAACCAUUCGAUGGAUCCACCUUUCGCCCAGUCUGCCCCCAAGAAGCUUUCGCCGGUGGGGCGGAGAAGGAUAUAGGACCAGACACCUACAGCGAAGACUGUCUACUACUGAAUAUCUGGACUCCCGUCGAGGAACCUGGGAACCCUGACAAGAAAUGGCCGGUUGUCCUUUGGCUCCACGGCGGCUGGUUCCAGUUGGGGGAACCCCUCCAAGAGGCGGGUAUGGACCCCACCGAAAUGAUCUCCACCGGAAGACUGAACGCCAUUGUCAUCGGAAUCGGGUAUCGCCUCAACAUUUUUGGCUUCUUGGCAGGCGAAGCGCUAUUGGAGGAAAGUAAUGGAGAGAGUGCCGGAAACUUUGGUCUUUGGGACCAGCGCCUGGCCAUGGAAUGGGUCUACGAAAACAUUGCCGCUUUUAACGGUGACGUGAACAACAUCACGCUGGGAGGACGCAGCGCUGGUGCUUAUGGAGUGCAUGCGCAAGUGCUGCAUGAAUUCCGGCAAGAAUCGCUGCCUCAGCUCUUCCACAGAUUCUACAUGUACUCCAAUGCUAUCCCUGCACAGCCGAAGGCACUUGCUGAUGUGAAGCCACAAUUUGAGGAGCUCUGUGAUUACUUUGGUGUCUCGGUUGGUCUAUCGGGCCCGCAGAAGAUAGACAAGCUUCGCGAGGUUGAUCACAUGGACCUCGUUGGAGCUAUCAAACACCUCAAAAACCAUACCUUUCGCCCUGUCACUGAUGAGCUGUUUAUUUUCUCUGGCUUUACAGAGUACCACCGAAGCGGUGCUUUUGCUCGGCAAUUCCAGAAAAGACGCCUGCGCGUCCUGAUUGGAGAAGUGCUUAAUGAGGAAACUCUAUACGCGACGUAUAAUAGCCCCGAGCCUAAUAUUGAUUCUCUGCGUCUGCAGCUGUCAAACUACUAUGCCCCCGCAGCCACGGAUCGGAUCUUGAAAUCCUACACGCUACCUUCAACUACCGAUGCAGAGGAAUGGAAGAAAGUCUACGGGAAUAUCAUCGCGGAUGGCCAAGUCCGCGCACCAUCUCGCUGGCUAGUCAAUUCAUUGUCCAGUCAUGGAGUGCCCUUGCGUGAUAUCUGGCGAUACCGGAUUGCAUACAGGCUAUCUUUUAUCACCGACAAGGUCGCUCCACGGGCUUUUGGUGUUUCCCAUGCGAUGGAUAAACCAUUUUGGAACUUUGCCAUUCUUCAUGGCCCAACACCUGAAGAGAGAGAUCUAAUGGAGAAUUGGAUUCAGUCGUUCGUAGCAUUUGUGAAUGAUGAUGCAGAAUACGAAUUUGGGACGCAUCAAAGAGAUGAGAUGAAAGUCGCUACCCCCGAGGGCAAAAUUGCAGUCCAAAAAGAUCAGCGAUGGGAUGAACUGGUGAAGUUGGGAGAGAUUUUCGCUAGCGAUGUUUAA